GCUUCUAAGCGAGGGGUUCGCCGCGAUGCACUGAUGGAGCUCUACAUCAAUGCCUCCAACUUUAUCGUCACCGAGACCGAGCUCAAGGCGGAAAUCGAGCGAGUCUUUGAUGCGGACUUCUUCAAGAAGCAGGGCACUGCCUAUGGCCGAUUCGGCAGCUCAGAGAACGUCUGGGACAUACAUGGCAAGCCCACGUCUAUCGCCAACAUGUUGGAGACCACGACGGGAGCUUCCACCAAGAUUAUGGACGUGUAUGAAUCCGAGUACGACCGCUCCGUUAAGCGACAGAAGAGGAUCGCUGAGGAGUUCACUGGUGGCAAGAUGGAGUAA